AUGACGGUAUACAGGUUCAAGCAGGAUAUUCCCAUCUCGAAUUAUUUGUUUGCAGUUGCCAGCGGGAAUCUUGCUAGAGCUAGAAUCGCCGAAGGGAGCUAUGUCUACUCUACACCCAAAGACAUCGACGCUUGCGUGGCGGAAUUUCAGCCAGAUAUUCAGGCUAUCAUUGAUACAGCUGAGCCCAUGACCUCUGUACAACCUGGUCGUUCUCCCGAAGUCAUUUCAUCUCGGAGGAAUGAGAACCCGGUCUUCAACUUCUACAGUGCCAUUGUUGUUUCGGGUGAUCGGGAGAAUAUCUCAGUGGUCGCCCACGAACUCGCUCAUACCUUUAGUGAAAAUCUAGUCACAAAUGCGUCAUGGGUACACUUUUGGUUGAACGAGGGCUAUACCUUUCUCUGCUAUCUGGAAAGACCUCUUGAGAAGGACAAGUGGCUUCGUUUUGUCCCUUUUUAUUUCAAGAAGUUCUCUCAAAGCUCAGUGGAUUCAGAGGGUUUCGAAGAAACAGUAUUUGAGUUCUUCGCUCAGGAUGCGAAGGCCACUGCUACGCUGGACUCGGUCGAUUGGAACAGCUGGUAUCACAAACCGGGUCUUCCACCUAAGCCCAGUUUUAAGUCCGCCUCUUACGAAGAAUGCAUCGAACUUGCUGCUAAGUGGAUGAACACGGAAUCGUCUUCGGACUUCACACCGAGAGCCCAUGAUGUAGAGGGCUGGACAGCUGGUCAAGUCAUAACAUUCUUGGAUAAACUCAGCGAUGCUUCGAAAUCGAUUCCUUCCAAAUAUUCCAAGAUGCUUGGCUCCAUUUAUGGACUUGCCAGAACCAAGAACUUUGAGAUUUUAUCGCGAUACCUUAGACUCAGUAUGAGAUCCAAGGAUAAGGAUAUUCUACCAGAUGUUGAGGUAUUUUUAGGACAAACUGGCAGAAUGAAGUUUGUCAGGCCGCUCUUUGAAGAGCCCCUGGCUCUGAACCAGACCUUUGCUCACAAGACUUUCCUGAAGUACCGGAACUCCUGUCAUCUAACUUGUGUGAGGUUGAUAAAGGGCGUUAUGGACAAGAAUAAGUGA